AUGGCUAAAAGGCAUAAAUUGAAGAUUACUAUUUUGCCUAUUUUUUUUUUUAUAUUAUUUACGGGGAUUCACACUGUUUUCACAGCAUUAAACAGGAAUGAUUGGUUAAAAUUUUACACUAGCUGCGCAGGGUCAGGUCAGGUAAAAUGGGAACUACUAUGCGUUUUAACCAUCUUGAACAGUAUGUUUUUAUUAUUAAAUAUGAAUUACAAAGAAAAUAUAAAUAAUUUAAAUAACAAGAAGAAUGAAACAAGUGACAUAAAUGAUGAUUUAAUAAAUGUAGACAUGAAUGAGUUUAGUAAUAAUGAGAAAGAUGAGAGUAGCGAUGAAAGUGAAAGAGAGAAAAAGUAUAAUAAAUUAAGGAUAAGAUACUUAUACAGUAUAAGCAAUUCAAGAGUUUGUUAUUAUAGUAUGUGGAUAUUAUGUUAUUAUUUAAUAUACUUUUUAUGCUUUUUAAGUUUUUUAUAUGGAAUAAGAAUAUUCAAUAAUAAUUUAAUUAAUAUAUAUACAAUAAGAACAUGUAAAAUUGACAAUUUAGAAAAUUAUAUAUUAUCAGAAAAUACAUUUAUCAGUUUGUACUGGGCAAUUAUUAAUUUUAAUGUAUUUAUGAGUAAAUAUACAGAUUCCUUUUAUAUUUCGAAUUACAUAAAAUUGAACAUAGAAUUUAGAACAGGGAAAAAGAAGUUGCUUUUUUUUUUAAAUUAUUUUUAUCAAAUAUUGUUAUUAAGUUAUGCUAUUUAUAAAAAUGUUUCGUUAUAUAAUAAAGGACUAUAUAAUUUGAAUCAAAUAGUAUGUGCUCUUAUAUUUCUUUGUUUAAUUUUAUAUACCAUUUUAGAAAUUACGUAUGUAUUAGAAAUAAAUAAACCAUGUUAUUAUAGUGUAACCAAAUUAUCCUAUAAUUAUGUUUGGGCCAUAAUUUAUUUAUUUGUUAUUUUUAUUUCUUCCGUUAUCUUUUAUAUUUCUGUUUUUAGUUAUUCUAUAAAAGAUAAAUUUGUAAAUUUCCAAAUCAUGUUAUGGUUUUUUUUUAUAUCUUUAACCUACAUAAAAAAAAAUCAGUUAUUUAUUAAAGUUUGA